UUCUCGUCGCCAUCGACCCACAACUCUGUGCAGCAAUUCUGGCACGGGGUACAACAUGUCUCGUCUGCACAGCACCGCAGCCAGCAGCCUCGCUCAAGACAUCACAUUGUUUAAUCUCUGGUGCGAGCUCGUGGGGGUAAUGACACACAUUAAGCUCGACUACCCAGUUCAAGCUGCAGUCCUAGUAGAUCCAGGAGGUCCGCUUCCUCCUCUAUUGCCCUCAGCAGAAUCUUCUGUCUUUCCCCUUCGGGACAUACCUGAGGACAACAAUGCCACAACUCCUUCUCUCCCGGGCGGACCACGCCGCUCGUCAUCAGUACUUCCUUGUCCCGAAUCAUUACCGACGAUUACGGUGGAAAAAUUAUGGCCUUUGAAAGGAACGGUGACGAAAAGGUACAGCGAGCUAUGCCAGGGCCAUCUUCCUAUCCAGUUGAAAGAGGAAUCGAUACCCCGCAGGGGCAAAGAAUACGGGCCCUAUCCGACCGCCCUCCGUGAGCAGACUCGGGUAUUACCCGACAGCUCGUUCUCCAAGGACGAUCCUCACUACGUUCUCUCGAGAUUGCCGCUGCUUGAGCGUAUCUUUGGAGAAAUCCUGGAGACACCUACAUCUGUUGCUGCUGAGAGCGGAAUGAUCGACGAAUCGAUGGUUCGAAGACCAUGGGACCAACUCGUGCAUCUCGUAGUAAUGAGAGCAACGUCAACAAACAAGUCGUGUACCCAAGCUUUGCAUGAAGUGGCGAUUGAAGCAUGUUGUCCAUACAAAGAAGAUGUAAAUCCAUCCCUGGUGGACACGUCAGGUGUCGACCGUGGAAGUGUCACUAGUGCAACACCUGAUGCCAUGCUUGUUUACAAAGCAUCCCGCCCAGUGGACGACCGAGUAGAUUUGGCUGCCUAUGCGAAAUACAGAGCUGAACUCUCAUUUUGUCAUCACACACAUGUGCAAGACCUUGCAUUGCGUAUCAUUCUCCUCGCCUUCGAGUGGAAACUGAGAGCUCCCGAAGUCAAUGCUCGACAAGCGGUCAUUUCGAUUGCGACGAUGCAGCGGCAUCUGGAAGCUUUGGGCAUCACAGGCCAGAUCUCUUAUGCCCUCGCAGGGGACGUGGCGAGGCUCUGGGUCUUGGGGGGUACACAAGAUGCACAUGGAAUAAUACACAUCUUCAUAUGUGAUGUGUUGGAUAUGCGACUGGCAGAGCACUACUGGAAACACAACUUUUUCCUCGUCAACAUGGAGAGUUGGGGUCGUACGGAGCUCGAAAAGAUGCUGGCCCCGAAUUUGUCCAAGGAUGGCCACGGAACUGGAGAGCAGGGUGUCUUUCGACUUCCGCAGAAGAAAUGGCGGUUUGACGAGUGGCAUUCCCGUCGCAUUUGGACUCAUUCCGCCAUUCAACCACUUCCCAAAAAACGGAAAAGACAUCAUGAAGGGGAUAGAGAUGGUGAAUCCAAUGACGACCAUCAGAGACCGUCGGCUUGGGGAAGAAAGCUUAGGGCACGAAGUAUGCCAUUCAGAACCGUUCGCGCUAAUGGCAAUCCACAACACCGCCAGGCGAUCAACGCAACAGAUGGAUUCUCGUCACGUAGUGAUGAGAUGACGGCCAAUACAGUAUUCAACAACAAUAAUG